GCACUCAGCUCUAUCUCUAUCUAUCAUAUCCCACACAAUUUCUUGAAAAAUGGGUUGUCGGUUUGGGGAAGUGUUGGCCGUGAUAUUUGUGGCGGCGUUUAUCGUCGGAGGUGGCGCUCAGCCGCUGGUGCCGGCCAUCAUUGCGUUCGGAGACUCGUCGGUGGACGUUGGCAACAAUAACUACGUUCACACCAUCUUCAAGGCCGAUUAUCCGCCUUACGGCCGAGAUUUUGCUAGCCAUCAGCCCACCGGAAGGUUCUGCAAUGGAAAGCUAGCCACUGAUAUUACAGCUGAUACUUUGGGGUUUAGUUCUUAUCCAGUGGCAUAUCUUAGCCCACAGGCAACAGGGAAGAAUCUUCUGAUUGGUGCCAACUUUGCUUCUGCUGCAUCUGGCUAUGAUGAAAAGACUGCACUUCUUAGUAAUGCAAUUCCACUGUCACAACAGGUAGAGUAUUACAAGGAGUACCAAGGUAAGUUAGCAGGUGUAGCAGGCAGCAAGAAAGCUGCAUCUAUCAUCAAGGAUGCACUGUAUAUUGUGGGGUUUGGGAGCAGUGAUUUCUUGCAGAAUUACUAUGUCAAUCCUUACCUUAAUAAAGUCUACACUCCUGAUCAAUAUGGGUCAUACCUUGUCAGCAUAUUCAACAGCUUUAUUAAGGAUCUUUAUGGAUUGGGAGCCAGGAAAAUUGGUGUGACUUCUCUUCCACCAUUGGGGUGUUUGCCAGCAGCAAGAACUCUGUUUGGAUUUCAUCAGAGUGGGUGUGUUGGUUAUAUCAACACCAACGCGCAACAGUUCAACAAGAAGGUCAAUUCAGCUGCAGCUCAGCUGAAGAAGCAACUCCCUGACCUCAAACUUGUUGUCUUUGACAUCUUUCAGCCCCUCUACGACCUAAUCAAAUCGCCUUCAAGCUCCGGUUUUGUGGAAGCAGCUAGAGGGUGCUGUGGAACAGGCACGGUUGAGACAACGGUGUUGUUGUGCAAUCCUAAGUCGCCGGGAACUUGCAGCAAUGCAACACAAUAUGUGUUUUGGGACAGUGUCCAUCCAUCUGAGGCUGCUAAUCAGGUCUUGGCAGAUGCACUCAUCACCCAAGGCAUUGAUCUCAUUGGAUGAUCGACCCACGAGGAUUUCCACUACUUCUGUGUGUUCUCGUCGUGUUAAAGAUACCACUGUCUUUCUUUACUUGUGCUUUCAAGUCUGUUAUUCACAGAAAGAUUAAUAAUGGUAGUGUCAGGAAGAUUAUGAUAUGUGUAUUAGUUUGAACUUCUGAAAAGGAAAAUUCAAUCUGCAGUUACUUACAGCUUUA